AUGUCGUCUGCCUCUCGCUUCUCCCGCCCCACUUCUGUCGUCGCCGACUCGCCGGCCGCAUACCAACCGGCUCUACACCCUCAUAUCAUGGCCACCCGUGCAAUCCCAGCCUCCUUCUGGCGGGGCGGUACGUCCCGUGGGCUCAUCUUCCGCGCCUCGACCCUCGCCGCAUUCCCACCUGCGAUCCGCGAACAAAUCAUCUACACCGCCAUGGGUUCCCCCGAUCCCGGAGGACGUCAAAUCUCCGGCCUCGGUGGAGGGGCCUCAUCCUUGUCCAAGGCGUGCAUUUUGGGAUUACCUGGAGAAGGCCUUGAGGACCAGAAUGCACAGGGCAGGUUGCCGGGCCCGACUUGGGCUGAUGAUGGGCAUCGGAAAGGAAAGGGGCAGUGGGAUGUAGUCUAUCGAUUUGCUCAAGUUGGGGUUCGAGAAGCUGUGCUGGAUUGGUGAGUGCAGUCGCUUGGUUCUUACGUUCGACCCCCGCGCUUGGACAGGUCACGUGCUCCUACCCCACAAGCUGAGCAAAAUCUUCUCCCCACAUUCCCCUAGGACGGCAACGUGCGGCAAUAUGCUCUCGGCCGUAGCCGUAUCAGCCGUAUCAUCCUCCAUCAUACCUUACUCGACCCUAUUCGCCCGAGCAAGAUCCCUACCCCGGCCCGAGCCAGACGAGCCUCUGCUCUUUCCCAUCUCGAUUCUCUCCGUUGCGAACGGCCUCGUCAUGCGAGUCCGAGUCCCUCUCGAUCCGUAUACGCUACAAAUCUGGAAUCCAGAACCAGGAAAGGGGGUCAAGAUUGCUGGAGUCCCCGAGGAGGCUGCGGCGAUCGAGUGCGAGAUGCCGAUUGAACCGAGUCAAGAUGGCGCCGAUGGGUCCGGGUUGGUCACGGGUCGAGUGACGGAUACCAUCUGCAUUGACGGCAAAGAGGUACGAAAGGAAAACCCCGCCUUCUGAAACCAUCCCUUAUGUGCUGAAAGCAGGCCGUUCUUUGCCCCUGGUACAGAUCACAGCCUCACUCGUCUCGUCAGGGCUGCCCAACAUUUUCCUCCCCAUAUCCCAACUCCCCCAACUCGACCCUACACUUUCGCCCUCCCUCUUAUUAGCCUCUGCAACCGAACUAACAUCCCACCCAACCCUCCCAACUCACCUCGAACGGAUCCGGACCACCUUCGCCGAGACGUACUCGAUCCCUCUCUCCCUCGCCUCUCCCAAAAUAACGCUCAUCGGUCCCAUCCCAACCUCGAACUACCAAACCUCCUCCAACAUGACCAUCACGCCCUCCGAUGCGGACCUCCUAGUACGAGCAAUCUCAUCAGGUGAUUUCCACGCUACCAUCCCAGGCACGACAUUAGGGGCUUUGAACAUCGCUCUAGGACACAAAGGGACGAUGGUCAAUUCGCUUGUUGGGGAGGAGAGAGCUCUGAAGGAUGGCGUCGUCGAAGUCAAGGCUGCGCAUGCCGCCGGGGUCGCGGAGGCCAAGGUUAGGUUCGAGGAGGGGAGACCGAGUAGUGUAGUUAUGGUCAGGACGGCGAGGGAGAUCAUGAGAGGGGAGGUGUUGGUGCCUGAACGGGUCUUUGCGGCGCUGGAACGAUGA